AUGAGGCGGCAUUGGGCGGUGGAGCUGGUAGGAGUGCUCUUUCUAGCGUUUGUGUGCGAGGUGGGCGUGUAUCAGGCUGCAAUCUGGCGGUGUGCGCCUCAGGAGGAUCCAGAGACGGAGGUCUGUGAGCCAUCGCAGAUUCUGGUGGUGAGUGAUACGCAGCUGACCGACGGAUACUCGUACGCGAUGCGCGCACGGUGGGGAUGGAUUCCAGGCUAUGUGAUGGUAGAGCAGAUACUAGAGUGGGCAUGUGACAUGUACAUUCGGUCCGCGCUGACGGCGGUGGCGUCUGUGGGUCCGCGGCUGGCGGCGGCUGUCGACCUUGGUGAUGUGCUCGAUGGCGGGCGGUACUACACUGUCGACGAGUGGAAGCGGGGCGUGAGCAGGAUCCAAGCUCUGCGGAGCGUUGCUGGCCGCAGCCUGCCGUGGUUCACCGUGCCUGGCAACCACGACGUCGACAUCGACUACCGGAUGAAGACACAUCGGUUCGAGGCGAGCCUCGGGCUCGGGUCGAGGCUCGUGGUUGCCGGCAACAUGUCCAUCAUUCUGCUGAACUCGAUGGCGCUGCGGGCGUCGACCCCGAGCGCGCUUCGGAUGGCGACCGAGGCGUUUCUGGCAUCUGAAGAGCUUGUCCAAGCGCCGGCACCGCGGCUGCUCAUGCUGCAUCAGCCGCUGUAUCGCCCGCCAACGGCCACAUGCGGGCCGCUCCGGAAUGCCGGCGGCUCGCAAAUCCCGUACGUUGUCCGCGGCCGCAACUAUGCCACCCAGGCACUUCCCGAAGUUACCGAGCGCAUUCUGGACAAACUUGCACCACUCGAUGCUGUCUUAUCUGGCGACGAUCAUGAGCCGUGUGUUUAUCAGCAUGCGGGAGACAAAGAAGCAGGCCCGGUUGAGUACACCCUGCCGACGCUGUCGUGGCUGCAGGGCUCGUUCUCGCCGGGUCUUGCUUUUAUCGCCCUCGAGCGCGAUGCCGGCAAUUGCGCACCCAAGGCUGUCACGGUGGCGUACUGCUUCCUGCCGAAUCGAUACAUCACCCUCGGAGUCUAUGUUGCCGCGGCAGCCCUGCUGGCCAAGUUGCGGGUCGACUCUGCCUUCGCCUUUGGGUCACCGAGGGUGAGCAGGCUGAAAAAGACCGACGCCGAGGCUUCCAUCAACGAGCGAGGAGUCUCAAUCACACGAUCACGAUGCCUCUUGCUAGGACAGCAGCUUGCUCGAUGGGCGGUGUACAUGGCCGGGUAUACCGGAGCCAUGGCGUGCGCCAUGGCCGGAGUGGACCGAAUGAAGUGA